CGAGCUCGGACUUUCUCUCUUCAUCUUCGUCCUUUCGUGGAUCAGUGCUACUACUUGUACAAUAAAUACUCUAUCAGGUUUAAAAGAUGGCUAUCGGUAGAAUCAAAGAACUCCAUCUGGGUAUCUGUUUCAUCUCUGCCUGGCUGAAAGGUACAAAAAGUUAAUAAUGAGCUCUGAGAGUGCAAAUGAGGACUGCCUAGCAUGGGCCGCAAGAGAUACAUCUGGAGUUCUUUCACCUUACAAGUUCAGCCGCAGGGCUCUUGGAAGUGAUGAUGUCUCACUAAAAAUUACACACUGCGGAGUUUGUCAUGCUGAUGUCCUUUGGACUAGGAAUAUGUUUGGAGACUCCAAGUAUCCGGUGGUUCCAGGACAUGAGAUCGUGGGAAUUGUGAAAGAGGUUGGUUCCAAUGUUAAGGGCUUCAAGGUUGGUGAUCGUAUCGGAGUAGGCACUUAUGUCAACUCAUGCAGAAGCUGCGAGUACUGUAAUGAUUUGCAAGAAGUUUGCUGUGUAAAAUUUCCAACUCUCACCUUUAAUGCCAUUGAUGUGGAUGGUACUGUUACUAAAGGAGGAUACUCCAGUUACAUUGUAGUUCAUGAAAGGUACUGCUUCAGGAUUGCCAAUGGCUAUCCAUCGGAGUUAGCAGCACCUUUGCUUUGUGCAGGAAUCACUGUUUACUCUCCCAUGAUUCGCCAUAAGAUGAAUCAACCUGGUAAGUCUUUAGGAGUUAUUGGGCUCGGUGGUCUUGGUCACAUGGCUGUGAAGUUUGGCAAGGCUUUUGGGCUGAAAGUAACGGUUCUCAGUACGAGCGUAACCAAGAAAGAAGAAGCUGUGGCUCUGCUUGGUGCAGACAAAUUUGUGGUUACAUCUGACCAACAACAGCUGAUGGCCGAAGCUCAAUCAUUAGACUUUAUCAUUGACACGGCAUCUGGUGAUCACCCAUUUGAUCCGUAUAUGAUGCUGUUGAAAACUUUUGGUGUAUAUGUUCUUGUUGGGUUCCCAAGUGAAGUCAAAUUCAACCCUGGAAGCCUUGUUUUUGGUAUGAAAACCGUAUCUGGUAGCGCAACAGGUGGUACAAAAGACACACAAGAAAUGUUGGACUUCUGCGCUGCUCAUAAAAUUUAUCCGAAUGUAGAGGUAAUUCCAAUUCAGUACAUAAAUGAAGCUCUUGAGCGGUCGAUUAAGAAGGAUGUGAAGUACCGAUUCGUGAUUGAUAUUGAGAACUCCUUGAAAUGACUUCAUGGACCAGGCAAUUGUUCUCUUCUAAAUAUAUGCACAAGUAAUCAUCAAAUUGGAGAACAUAUAUUAAAUCAGCUCAUGUAGGAAUUGGUAUUGAUUAUGGGUGGAUGUUAUAGAUUUACUUAUGUUGAACCAGCUGUACUUUGAGUUUUUGAGUUGAUUUUCUGUCGUGUGAAUGGUUUGGCUGAUCCAAAGCGACCUUAAAUAAAUAUAUGCUUGGUUUUCAUUCCUAUGUAAACUAAAUGUUGUUCAAUAAUAUAUGGAGUGGGUUUGCUUUUUUAA